GCAGAAAGAAAACCGGUUGACUUCUUGGUUAACUAAUGUACAGUCUAACUUAACCCGUCGAAAUUGUAGCAGUCCUUGUCGAACAAAUAUUCCCUUUUCAGGCCAUACCGAGUCUUCGACACCCCGACUGGGUUGGCUGAGGGUUACCUUCAACUUCACGAAACCCCCUCAUGGGUUUGCAUUUCAACUUUAAGCAGACCCUGUUAUUAGUAUUACAGUAAUAUGUAAGUUGUCGUCCCUUUCGUCCUUUCUACCCAAAUCCGUGGACAGCAUUGUAGUUUGUGAGCUUUCGCCAACAGAUUGAUCAGUUUUGGAGGCGAUUCUUCUUUGCACGGCAUCAUCAGCGGCCCGCAGAAUUACUUUUACUGUACGAAGGAAGAGUGUUCAUUGGCUGGGUCUGGCAAGCCCUCACCACCGUCGUUACCAGCGGCCAAUCUACAAGAGAGAGUCCAUCUUCCAACACAGUUUCAUUGCAACACAUCACGGUCUUUGGGCGUCGCUAGCUUUACAAUGGCGGUAGGAUCGUUGGUGGCCCAAAGGUGUGCGGGCACCCUUUGCGCCCCCUCGCAGUCCUUGCACUCAGCAGGCCUUCGGAGUUCUGCUGAGUGCGUUGCCCCAGCUCUGCGGUUGGCGGCGCUGAGGUCAGAGCGAUGUCGGGGCCGCAAGAGCGUUGUUUCGAUGGGGUUGACGAAGGACGGCCCUUCGGUUGCCAUUGCUGGUGUAACAGGAGCGGUGGGACAGGAGUUUUUGCAAGUUCUCACAGACAGGAACUUUCCAUACAGCAGCCUGAAGCUGUUGGCGAGCAAGCGGUCUGCUGGGAAGGAACAGGAGUUCGAGGGUAAGAAGUACAUCAUCGAGGAGCUGACGGAAGAAAGCUUCAAGGGCAUCGACAUCGCGCUUUUCAGUGCUGGAGGCUCCAUAAGCAAGAAGUAUGGCCCAGGGGCAGCUGACGGCGGCACUAUCGUCGUCGACAACAGCUCAGCCUUCAGAAUGGCUGAAGGUGUCCCUCUUGUGGUGCCCGAGGUGAAUGCUGACGCAGUCAAGGGCUGGAAGGCCGGGAGCGGGAAGGGAGGAAUCAUCGCAAACCCGAACUGCUCCACAAUCAUUAUGCUCGUCCCAGUGACGCCUCUGCACAAGGCCGGCAAGGUGAAGCGCAUCGUAGUGAGCACGUAUCAGGCGGCUAGCGGGGCGGGCGCGGCCGCGAUGGCGGAGCUCGAGCUGCAGACGCGGGAGGUGCUGGAUGGAAAGCCGCCCACAACCGAGAUCUUCAGCCAACAGUACGCUUUUAACCUGUUUUCCCACAACGCCCCCAUCACGGAGAACGGAUACAACGAGGAGGAAAUGAAGAUGGUCAAGGAAACGCGCAAGAUCUGGGGCGACAAGGACGUACAGGUGACUGCCACGUGUAUCCGGGUCCCGAUCAUGCGGGCUCAUGCGGAGAGCAUCAAUAUCGAAUUCGAGUCGCCCGUUUCGGAGGAGCAAGCCAAGGAACUGUUGAGCAAGGCGCCGGGGGUCAUGCUGAUCGACGACCGGAGCGCAAACCGUUUCCCCACCCCUCUCGACGUGUCAUUCAAGGAUGACGUGGCAGUCGGGCGCAUUCGGAGAGACAUCUCGAGGAGCGACGAUCGGGGGUUGGACCUCUUCGUAUGUGGCGAUCAGAUUCGAAAAGGGGCUGCUCUUAACGCUGUCCAAAUCGCCGAGCUGCUUUUGUAGAGGCCCUCUAGCGUUGCCGAAGUUUAUCUGUUUCGCGACAUGCAAUGGGUAAUCAAAGAUUGGCCAUGCUUGGGCCUGGUAUGCGUAUGGUUAUUUGAGCUAGACUCGCUCUCGAGCUGUAGGGGAAUUUGCACCGGUAUGAUAAUCUGUUGAGAGGCCUCACCUUGACCUAGAGAUCGGACGCAAUCCAAGCAUUGAGUUCUGAUGAGGAAGAACGAGGAUCGAGUUAGGGAGCCGAAGCAUGCUAGUAUAAUGCUGGCCGGCGAAAAAGCAGGUUCAUGGACCAUGCAUAGGGUCCAGCAAGCUGGCACCCUUACUUGAUCACCAGACUUAUACCCGGCACGAAAGUCUGGUUGAUCUUUUUUCAUACCGGUCAUGCAGCUUGCCAUGGC